AUGGCCUCCUCCUCAAAUCCUCAACCUUCUAUCAACACUGUGUCACCGAUUGGGAACCUAAGGGACUUUGUUAAGUACAAAGAGGACGUAGGAAACGUCAAGUUCGACGAUUUAACAAUUAUCGAAGAGAAAAGGGUUAAUUUGGAAGGGUUUGCUCGGAAUGGAUUUGAUUUUGACAGAAUCUUCGACGGUCAAGGGUGGAAAAACUACUUCAACAUGCUUGAAGGACCGUAUAAUGCUGGUUUGGUUAAAGAAUUUUGGAUCAAGGCAGAAGUUUUUGAUAGUCAAGCUGCUGCAAAUGAAGUGGUAAAGUUGGUUGAUAAAAACCCUUCUCUCGCUGGGAAAACGAGAAGGGAACUUGGUUUAGAACCAUACACUGAACCCAUUAUCAUGACUAAUGUUAAUGGGGUUGAACUGAAAAUCAAGAGAGAACAUAUUGCUCUUCUUCUGGAUGUUAGAAACAAAGGAAAGAGGAUCUCCAUGUUUGACAAGGACAGCAGUUUAAAGGAUAAAGUUACUGAAGAAAUCUUCAUCCCUAAUCCUGCUGAGUACAAGGCUCCGUAUCUCAAAACUGCUUACAAGGUACUGUUCCGUAUUCUCAUCAACAACAUGCUGUUUAGACAAGGUGGUGUAGAUACCAUAUCUUGGGAACAUAGACAUCUCCUUUACUUCUUGAAUAAGGACAUGCCUGUAAACCUACCUGAUAUUCUGUUCAGUACCUUAUGUAAAGCCAUUCAGAAGACUGUUUUCAAUGAAAGCCCAAAGGUCAUUUAUCCUAGACUUAUAGGAGAGUUGCUGCAUCAAACCUUGAUUUGUAGAGUUAUGCGAAGGAUCUAUCCAGGAUCUUUUGAUUCUGAUACUUAUCUCAAGCUUUUUGAUCAUAAGUUCCUUGUCAACGCUCACAUCGUGCCUAAAGAAAAAUUUAUAAGGGUGGACUCAGCACGUAUACCCUAUCAGGAGCAUCUGUUGACCAACGGUUUUCCCAUUAUCUCAGAAGCUGACAAUGAAGAGGUUAUUCAGAACUUUCUGGAAAAGGUAUAUGCUGAAACCAAUGUAAGAAUUCCAAGAUCUGCUGUACCUCCUGCACCAGAUAUGGAUGAACCAAUCAGAAGAGUCAAGAGAAAGGCUAAGGAGCCUGCUGAUCCUCCUGCGAAGAAGAAAGCUGCUGUUAAGAAGGGUGGUGGAAGUUCUCAACCUGCUGUGAAGAUUGUGAAUUCUGCUGUUGAGGAAAUACCAGAAGCUGUGAAAGAAUCUGUUCAAGCUGACAUUCCUGUUAGUUCAUGUCUACCAGAAUCUUCUGAUAAAAGGCCUUCCUGUCCAAAACCAACUCCCAAGAAAUUUCCAACUCCCUAUCUCCUUCGCAACAAACAUAACACUAUUGACCCUGAGUAUCUCUUUGAUCAGUUAAGUAAAGACUUUGUUGAUUUCCUGAAUAUGCAAGAUUGGCAGUUUAUCUUUCCAUCUGAUGUGGACAAAAAGGUUCUUGAAAUGUCUACAAAGUUCAAAGAUGCUCUUGAGGAGCUUGGGUCUGUUGUGAAGAAGGUGACUGCUGGCAGAGGCAUGUCACUGGUGGAAGAAAUUGUUAAACGCAUGGAGACUGCUGUUCCUCUUCGUAUUGAGAACAAAGAGCCUGAGACUAUGGAUACUGAAGAAGAUGAUCAUAAUAGGGCUGAGAUUACUCUUUCUCCAUUCUUGGAUAGAGGCAAAGCUGCAAUUGUUGACACUACUCCUCCUUCCUCUCCUGAUGGUUCUCCUUUCAGACCCUCUGCUGCAACCAAUGCUGAAGUCUUUGCUCGUUUGGAUUUACAAGAUGCACGGAUUGCAUCACUGGCUGAAACUCAACAAACCCUGCUUGCCACUCAACAAACCUUGCUGAAAGAUUCUCAGGAACAGAAGGAGGUGAACAACAACAUUCAGAACUCCAUGGCUCAAAUUCUGGACUUCAUCAAGAACUCUUACCCCCCACCUAAACCCUAG